GCCUCCACAGGUUUAUUGAGAUCAGGAAUACGAAACUGAUUCUGAAACAUAUAUAUCUGCGCAGAACAACGCUCGAGGUAGACAAAAUGCUACUCGACCUCCCACUCGAGCUCCAGAUGCUCGUUUACAAGCAUGCUCCGAAAACCACCCUUGUCUCAUUGAUGUGUACAUCCUCGCAUAUUCACCGCAUCGUCGAGCCCAUCCUCUACCGCGAAGUAAUCAUAGAUGACCAGGCCUCCGAGGAUCGAAUGAUGGCGCUUAUAGAUUCUCGACGUGCUCGAGGUUUCAUCAAUACAACGGAAAACAUAUCGGAAAGCGACUUGGAGACCCUGGACGGCCCCACUUCGUUUUCGCUAUUUCGCAAAACGCUCAUGCGCAAACCAUUCCACUUUGGCCCUCUUCUCAAGUCUUUGGAGAUCAACGAAGUGUCUAUGGAGCUCGAAUGGGACGAGUUGAAGGAGAUGUUCCUCACCAUGCCGAACCUCCUCACUCUGUCGAUCACAUCAGCAAUGGGGGGAUGGGACGACGAUGAUGUGUCCGUGCUUUCUCGCGUUACCCCAUCUAUUCGUUCCUUCUCUUCAAAAUCUCUCGGACUUUCCCCAAAAUUCAUCUCGUUCCUCGAAACCCACCCCAACCUCAAAGUCUGGCAUCACGGAACAGGCAACGGCUUUCUAAUGGAACCCGAAGUUCCUGUCCCCGCUCAUGUCCUGUCUCGAAUUACCCACUACGAUGCUGCCAUAACGGAUGCCGAAAAGACAGCCACUCUCCUUCGCGGGAUGACCAACCUUGCUCACCUCUCCCUCUCCCAUUCGGCUUCUUUCAAGGAGACCUUGGACGAAGCAGCUUACGGCGCCGCACUUCGAACCGAACUAGGCGCUCUCUCUGUUUGUGGAAAAGGCCUAGUCAGCCUCUUCUAUAGUCGCCACUUCCCCACUACAUGGCGCAUGAGCACCCCAGGACCGGGCCGCUGGGACUCGUUCCUCUGGAUCGUGAGGAACAUCUUACCGAGGACGCCCUCCCUUCAGCACUUGCGCGUCGACUGCUGGUUCCUCGAUACUUCCACCCUGAUAGAGCCACCCUCGGAUAUUCGACCUUUUAUUCCGAAGACGCUGCGCACGUUUCAAGUUGUUCGCCCCGGGCUCAUUCCUUGCGAUGAUGACUCUGGUGAGGAUGAGGUGGAGAGAUGGCCACCUACGACGGAAGUCGCCCUCCGCGUGGCGCGUGUUGUCUCUGCGGUUAUGCCAUCCGUAGAGAGGUUUGAUUUUCUAGGUUGUGAUAUGUUCAAGGGGAACGAUGGAAUUUGGAGACGGAAUACUUCGUCAGACGGAGUAUGGCCUCUAAACUGGGCAAUCAUGGACCUCCAGUAUAGGUCGUAGCACUCACACUUGUGUUCUUCAUGUCUCCCGACCCUUAACUACUUUGUUUUGCUCGCGUUCUGUCUUCUGGUAUCUAUGACCCUAA